UAGUAUUUUUGGGGGGUUUAAUUCAGUUUCAGUAUUGACGACGCUCUGCACCUUUGCUUGAGUACUGCCAAAGCAUUGAAACAUGGGUUCCACUAUAUCUAGCCUUUUUGGCGCAGGUGUGGGUGAAGAACCAGAACCUUCCGCCGACUCGCGCGUCACCGCCUUUCACUCAUCGGACCGCUGGCAGCUCCACUUCGAUGCCUCCAAGAAAUUAAAUAAACUGAUGGUGGUGGAUUUCACUGCGACAUGGUGCGGACCGUGCAAGUUCAUGGCGCCAGCCUUCGAUGCGAUGUCCGCCAAAUACACCGACGUCGACUUCGUGAAAGUUGAUGUCGAUGAACUCGCUGAUGUGGCACGGGAGUUCGCAGUGCAGGCGAUGCCAUCGUUCGUGUUGCUGAAGCAAGGGAAGGAGGUGGACAGGGUUGUUGGAGCAAAGAAGGAUGAGCUUGAGAAAAAAAUUUGCAAGCACAGGGAAGUUCCUAAAUUUGCUGCAUAAACUUUUUAGUUCAAAAGAAUUGCUUUACUAUUUUGUGAACUUAACUUGUAUUGUUAUUUGUACAAUGAACGUGAUUGAUGAUGUUGAGUGACUCGAUUGUGAGCAAUUCCGUUCAAAA